AUCGAAUGAUAACCUUCCUGUAAAUAAAGGACUUAUCAACUGAUAACUAUUAAGUCCAAUAUUAUAUAAAGCCAAAUUAGCUUACUUUCCAAAUAUUCAUUUGUUGUGAAAAUAGCAAUCAUGAGGAAAUUCGUCUUUGUUGCCUUAGCCCUCUUCGUGGCGAUUAGCAGUGUUCAAUGUGACGACAGCAGUGAGGAGGUCUUGGAACACAUCAAGUCCAGACACCUUAAGAAGUACUUGCACGGACAACGUGAGCACUUGGACGAUGGUUUGGAAAAGUUGGAGAAACACUGCCCUGGAGUUUCGGAAAAACUAAAAGUGGCCGUUAAAGAAUUCUCCGAAUGUGAUGACAAAGUGGACGACUCUCUGACAAUAUGCGAAGCCAUCCACGCUUACACCAUCAACUGCACCGCCCCUUUGCUCAAAGUCGUCAACGACUGUCUGCCCGAAAAGGCCAGAGGCCUGCCCAACCUGGGGAUGAAGAGCAUCGUCUCAGUCGCUGAGCAUUUGUGCAAACAGAGCGGAGAGUCGAUUUUCGAAUUGAUCAACCCAUGCUUGUGGGAGGACUUGGAAGAAGCCAACACGGAAAUGGACGCUUGUGAGGAGAAAGUCAAAGCUCUCGGCCAGAAAUACAAAGAAAAUAUUCCAACACAGAGCGAGCUUUGUAGUUCGAUCACCGAUUUGAGAACGUGUAUUCAGAAACGAGCCACACUUUCUUGCAAAAACCAGAAGACAAGGAACGCAAUUCUUGGAGUUUUUGACGCUGCUGUCGCGCCCUGCUCUCAUCUCAAUGCCGUUUAAAGCAGGAAUAAUCUCACGAAGUGUGCAUUUUGUAAAUAAAUGUGAUUGUAUUUGA